CUUCUGUUGCAUGACAGGAUUCAUGGUUUAAAAUCUGGCAAAACUUUAAAAGAAUUCCGUGGCCAUUCCUCCUUCGUCAACGAAGCUACUUUUACCCAGGAUGGUCACUAUAUUAUCAGCGCAUCCUCUGAUGGCACAGUGAAGGUUUGGAACGUGAAGACGACAGAAUGCUCAAACACCUUCAAGUCCCUUGGCAGCACAGCGGGGACAGACAUUACUGUCAACAGUGUCAUUCUGCUGCCUAAAAACCCAGAACACUUUGUUGUUUGCAACAGAUCAAACACAGUUGUCAUUAUGAACAUGCAGGGUCAGAUUGUGAGAAGUUUCAGCUCUGGUAAGAGAGAAGGUGGUGACUUUGUCUGCUGUGCACUCUCUCCUCGUGGUGAAUGGAUCUACUGCGUCGGUGAAGAUUUUGUGCUCUACUGCUUUAGCACAGUGACUGGCAAGCUGGAGAGGACACUGACAGUUCAUGAAAAAGAUGUCAUUGGCAUUGCUCAUCACCCUCACCAGAACCUGAUUGCCACUUACAGUGAAGAUGGCCUCCUCAAGCUCUGGAAGCCAUAACUUGAUUUUACAAUGAGCUGUGAAGCGUGCCUGUUGUUUGCAGGGUGUUGAUGUUUGUGCUUUUGCAAGGUCUAAAUGCACAGAGCAUGAUAGUUGCUCAAUUUCAGUUCAGUUUUACAGAUAAUACCAUUUCAGUUUCUUGGUCAAAAAUUAGCUAGAUUUUUGUUAGAUAUAGCAUCAGUUGAUUUGAAAUACUUCUGUUUUUACCAGAUUAGCCAAAGCAACUUCUGUGUGAAUGACUGCUCUGUCCACUGAAGUGUGAACUCAUGUGCUCUUCAUAAAAGUGAAUGAGCUAGGAAUUAAACAUACAACAGGUUACCAGAAUAAAGGAGAGUACUUUCUUUCAGUAAGCGAUAUGGGGAUAAGAAGGCGUUAAAUGAUAUGGGGAUAAGAAGGCUUCCUACUUUCCACUGCUGAAAUGAAGGCAGUUUUCCUGGGAUAUAGAUAAAACUACUUUGUCCUCUGCUUGAAGACAGAACUUUCGUAGUCUAAUGUGUUUUGCUGUGUUUUAUUUUCAUUAUGCAUGGUCACAUAGCUUCCUCAGAAUGAAACAAUUUUUUUUCCCAGUUUCAUAGGCUGUCCCCUUAUAAAACUGCCUAACGUGGCAGUGAAAUGUAUUUUGGUUCCUAUUUUGUAUUUGUCAUUUGUUUUCAUUUGCUUCCAGGCUAGAAGAAAUCACCUGGGUGUACACUUCUUCAGACCAGCUGUAACUGGAACAGGCCUCGGGAUCAGUAUUCUAAAACAGGCCUGUUUUACACAGACCAAGUCCCCAGUGCAGUGAUGUUGCAAUACAUUAAUACCUUGAAUUUCAACUUACCUUCCUCUUUUAAAAAGGCCAUGGCAUACUCAAAUGGGCCUAGUUAAUGGUAACAGUGAAACUUAGGUCCCACACUAAGGUAGAAUAAUCCCAGGCUCUUCCAUUUGAACAGAUGAUUGUUUGAGAUGUUGGCUAGUGCAAGCCAUUACGAAUGUGCACCAGAAUCUUAUAAAAUCUGACAACAGCUCUUAUAGGAUGCAGCUAAAAUAAAUGUUUUAUAUGUAAUGAUUGGACAAAUGCAUGUAGAUCUGAAUCUGCUGUUUUAAUUUCUUGUAGAAUGCUUUCUUUCAAACAGUAAUAAGUUUUUGUGACUUAAUAAAUGAGUUCCAAGUUAACCUCUCAAUCUUUCUCAGCUGAUGGACAUGACCCCAGUGCAAGUGUUGACUGUCAGCCAGGGACUAACCCGUCAGCACUGACCCACGUGUGUGAUUGGUAUAAAGAAAUGCAAAAUAAUUUUAGCAUAACUUCUCAUACAGCACUGCUUGUUCACUGCAAAUCUAGAUUUAGUUCUGUGUUAGCUGUAAUGUUUUGUUUCCUAAACUGUUUUUUACUCCCUUAGAUAUAGCAAUAAAGUUAUUUUUUAGAUAGCAAAA